GAUCUUUAUGAUGUCAUGGCGGGAAUCAAUUUGAACAAGAAACACAUUGCUGCUUGAGGUUCUUCUGGAGGCUAAAUUUAAGGAAAAGAACACUUCUGUCUAAGCUGAAAAAUGGAGCAUAUAACUUCUCAGCAGCCUGAUAAAAAAUUUCAUCAAACCUACAUACACAAGGCUAGGCCUAUGACCUCAGACUCUCGAAGCAAGUCUGUCAGGAGCAUGUCAGCUCGCAGUGACACUACUCCUUUUGUCUCUUUUCAUCAUGGUCUAGAGAUUAAAUCCAGCCCCAUCCAGUUGGCAUCCCGAUCACUUAGUGCUCGUUCUUCUGUAAGCAGUCUGUCUUCCUUGCCUCUCCAUCACAGACCUUCCUCUUCAGCCAAGGUGAAAGCAUCGCUACAAAAAGAUUCUCAAAAACCAACCUCCGUUAUGAGGCAUGUUAGACAUUCAAAGAAAUCUAAGGAAGGCUCCACAACCUCUAGAUCCAGGAAUUGCACACAUCAAAGUGUUGAUCUCCAACGUGCGAGUAAGCAGACCCCUGAUGUUUAUCAGAAAGGAUUCAAUAUUGCUGGACAUUUAGAAAACAGCACUGACCUUGAUCGAUCAUCUGGGUCUCUAUCACCUGAUGUUGAUCAGUUCUUAAAAGACAUUGGAGCUCUUGUUAAACCACUCACUCCCGGACCUCUCAGCCAAUUAUCUACCCUCCACCAUAGUCAUGAUGAUUCAAGUUCAAAUCAAAGUGAGAGAGAAGUUAAGUCCACAGGUGUUACUUCUGAAAAACCCAAAGACCAUUCACGUAAACCCUGCAGACCUAAACUAGCAGCCAAGUUUGGAGCUAACCAGACACAUACAUAUACCCCUAACACUAUAGUACCUACACUCAAUUUAGAAUGUGCCCCUUCUUCAAAACCAGAGAAUACUAUUUUACUUCAGCCACAAAUUCUUGGAAAUACCGGCUCAAUUCCUCCCACUCGAAUAGAGCAUCAGCCAACAGAUGAAAAUGUGGCUGCAACCAAAAUCCAAUCUUGGUAUCGAAGAGUUCGAUCAGCCCAACUUGUCAGCGUGCAGAGUGUGCUGCAGGCAAAGAAAGAUGAAUUGAGUCGGAGCAGGGCUCAGGAAUUGUUGGAAGAUGAGAGUAAAGAGAUGGAGAAGCAACAACGCAGGGAAGCCAAGAUGCAAGCUGCCAGGAAAGCUGCCAUUGAGGAGCUCAACAAAAAAAGGGAACAAAAGAGGUUGAGAGCGGAGAAAAUUGCACAAGAGGAGAUAGCCCUACUGCAAGCAAGUGGUAAGGUCAAGAAGCCAACACGUAAGAAGCCUGUGCAACCAAAAAAAAUCGUUGCCAAAAUGGACAAAUCUCCUGAUGAUCCCGAUGAAAUUAUUAAGGAGUUCUUCCAGGCCGGCAGUAGCAGAUUGAAGUCACCAGUACCAACUCAUUCUACAACACACAGCUCACCUGCACAAUUGACUGAAGGCUCACCUAUGCACUUGGCUGACAGUGAUUAUAAACAGGGCAACUCAUACAAUGACAUUCUAAAAACGCUCAAGCUAUUGGAGGAAGUUCCAGCACCCCUAGCUUCAACCAAAGACCAGGCCUGCUCUGACAGAACAUAUUUAUCUGCUAAAAACCUCCAGAAACUAGCCCCACCUGCUGUAAAUGGUCCUCUAUCUAAUUCAGCAAAUCUUUCAGAGGGUAAACUAGGCAACAUCCUUGCUUACUUGGAUGAGAUGGAAAAGGCUGACCAAGACCUACUCUCCCAGUUGGCACAAUCCAGGGCUGAACUAAAGACCAAGGCCUCCACAACGGCAGGAGGCACCCCUCGGUCUGCCAGGAGUACCCUGACAACUGCGGGUUUGGAAACAAGUAGUAGGCAAAACCCUGAUGCCUCCCUAGAAGCUGCUACAGCUGCAGCCAGCGAUGUUACCACCACCAUUCUGGCCCAGCGCAUAGAGUUGGACAAUAAGAACAAAACCAUUGAGAUGAUGCAGAAAGCACUGACACAGCAGAGAGAGCUCACUGUCUAUCACGCUAGGGAGAUGGAUAAAGAUGGACAGAAGAAGGUGGAGCUCUUGAGAACAGAGUAUGAGUCGAGGAUUCAGAGGCAUCAAACGUUCAUUGAUCAGCUGAUAGAUGACAAGAAGGUUCUCAGUGAGCGAUGUGAGCAACUUGUGAAGCAGCUGAGAGAACUAGACAAGAAGUAUAAAACCAACGUUAAAACCUUAGAAGAGAAAAACUCAUCUGAAAUGUCCAAACUCAAACAAGUCACAGCAGCUGCUGAGAAACUUCGUAGAGAAAAGUGGAAGUCCGAUGAGACACAGAGAAUCAAGGAAGCUACUGUGAAAAGUUUAGAGCCUGAGAUUCAGCGAAUCAUUGCCAAGGGAAAGGCAGAAGUACAGAAACUGAAGGCUGUACACGAGGCAGAUAUGUUGCAGGUUGAUGAGAGAGCUAGUAGGAGAUUUGUAGUGCAGAUGGAGGAGCUGAGAGCGCAAUGUGCAGAGGAAAAAGAGCAAGCCUGUGCUCAUGAGCGGGAACUGGCUAGACAAAGAUACGAGAAGAUGGCCGAGCAAGAGGAGGUGAACUACCAGCAGUUGAGAAGGAAGCUGUUUGCUGAGGUGCAGCAGGAGAAGAACAGACUGGCCGAUCAGUUUCAUCAACAGAAGGUCUCCAUUGACCAGAAGAUUGAUAACAUGCAACAGUCUAAUAAGAGCCUUUUGGAAGAGCUCAAGUUUGAGCAUGCUCGGCAGAUGACUGAACUCGAGCGGAGGCACAGCUGCCAAAGCAAAGAUCUCACUGAACGGUCAAAAGUGGAGAAGGAGGCAUGGGAAGAGAACAUGCUCAAGAAACAAGAAGCGAUGAUACUCUCCAAAGAAAGGGAUUUAAGAGACCAGCUGAGACGAGAGAGAGACAAGGAGAUAGAGUUAGUCAUCAUAAGGUUAGAGGAGGAGACUACAGCGUCACGUGAGGAGAUGGAGAGAGCAGCAGAGGCUCGUGUAAGGAGGGUGAGAGAAAAAUAUGAGACAGAGCUGAGAGAGGUCGAGAGGUCAGAACGUUCCACACUGGAAAAAUUUAACAGCCUAAAGACACAGGUGGUGGAGUGCGAGGGGGAGCUCUCUCGUCUUAAGUCACUGCUGAGACAGAAGCAGGAGGAGGUUGAGAGAGUGGGUGAGGUGGCCUCUAAGCUCACCAGAGAAAGAGACAGUGUAGCAGACAUUGUGAGACAAGAGUUUGCUGAUAGACUGGUGCGCACAGAGGAGGAGAACAAAGAGUUGAAGAUAGAAAGGAGUGAGCUACGAGCAAGACACAAGGUUGAUGUUGAGAAAGUCGGUAGAGAUAAGGACAAAGAAAUGCAGUCAGUUCACGACAGGGUCAAACAAGCCCUUAGCAAGAAGGAAGGCAACCUGCAGAGUCUCAGGGAACAAUACGAGUCCGCUUUAAAACGAGCUGACCAUCUUGAAAUGUUGUUAGAACAGCAACGAAAACAACUGAUUAAGAAAUGAUUCCUUGUUGUAUGUAUGGUAUAUUCAUGUCAUUGUAGGCCGUUAGAUUGUAUCAGAGCUGCCACAAGUAUGUACAUGAAAAUUGCAGAAU